AUGCAGAUCGAUGACCCAGCGGCAGCCGCUGAGCAGCUCAAGGAUGCUCAGGGCGAGAUCGAUGAGUCCCUCUACAGCAGGCAGCUGUACGUCCUCGGACACGAGGCCAUGAAGCGCAUGGGAGCCUCCAACGUCCUCGUUGUUGGCCUCCGUGGCCUUGGCGUCGAAAUCGCAAAGAACAUUGCACUUGCUGGUGUCAAGUCUCUGACCCUCUACGACCCUAAGCCCGCCGCUCUCGCGGACCUCUCCUCCCAGUUCUUCCUCCACCCUGAGGAUGUCGGAAAGCCCCGAGCGAGCGUCACUGUCCCUCGUGUCUCUGAGCUCAACCCUUAUACCCCCGUGAAGGAGUUCACACCAACAGAUCUGACGUCAGACCUGUCGCAACUGAAGCAGUUCCAGGCUAUCGUUCUGACGGAUACACCCUUGAAGGACCAAAUCACAAUUGCCGACUACUGUCACGAGAAUGGUAUCUAUGUGGUCAUUACUGACACCUAUGGACUUUUCGGCUCAAUCUUCACCGAUUUCGGUAAGAACUUCACUGUUGGAGACCCGACCGGCGAGAAUACCACCAGCGGAAUCAUCGCUGGAAUCGAUUCCGAAGGCCUAGUUUCCGCAUUGGACGAGACGCGACAUGGACUGGAGGAUGGUGAUUUCGUUACUUUCACGGAAGUUGAGGGUAUGGAGGCACUGAAUGACAGUGCUCCACGCAAGAUUGAAGUUAAGGGACCCUAUACCUUCUCUAUCGGUGACGUUGCUGGACUCGGGCAGUACAAGCGCGGAGGCCAGUACCACCAGGUCAAGAUGCCCAAGAUCAUCGACUUCGAGCCAUUCAGCAAGCAGUUGAAGAACCCCGAACACCUCAUUUCCGAUUUCGCAAAGUUCGACAGACCCCAGCAGUUGCACGUUGGUGUCCAGGCUCUGCAUGCGUUUGCCGAAAAGAAUGGCGGCGACUUCCCCCGCCCUCACCAUGAGCAGGACGCAGCCGAGGUGCUCAAGAUUGCUCAGGAAAUUGCUGGCCAGGGAGAAGAGAAGGUUGAACUCGAUGAGAAGGUUAUCAAGGAGCUCAGUUACCAGGCACGCGGAGACCUUAGCCCUGUCGCUGCAUUCUACGGUGGUCUAGCUGCACAGGAAGUCUUGAAAUCAGUGUCCGGAAAGUUCCACCCCAUCAAGCAGUUCCUCUACUUCGACUCUCUUGAGUCCCUCCCAACAUCAACCAAGCGAUCCGAGGAGCUAUGCGCGCCUAUCGGCUCUCGCUAUGACGGCCAGAUUGCAGUGCUCGGAAAGGAGUACCAGGAGAAGCUCGGCAAUGUCAAGGAGUUCCUCGUUGGUGCCGGUGCUAUUGGUUGCGAGAUGCUCAAGAACUGGGCCAUGAUGGGCUUGGGCGCUGGACCUGAGGGCAAGAUCACCGUGACAGAUAACGACCAGAUUGAGAAGAGCAACUUGAACAGGCAAUUCUUGUUCAGGCCUGCAGAUGUCGGAAAGCUCAAGAGUACGGCUGCUGCCGCUGCCGUUCAAGCCAUGAACCCCGAUCUCAAGGGCAAGAUCGUCACUCUCCAGGACAAGGUUGGACCCGAGACCGAGGACAUUUUCAAUGAGGAGUUCUGGGAGGGCUUGGAUGCUGUGACCAAUGCGCUUGACAAUGUCGAGGCGCGAACAUAUGUCGAUCGCCGCUGCGUAUUUUUCCGCAAGCCUCUCCUCGACAGCGGUACUCUUGGAACCAAAGGAAACACCCAGGUCGUCCUUCCACACAUCACCGAGUCGUACUCCUCUUCUCAAGAUCCCCCGGAGAAGUCUUUCCCCAUGUGCACACUGAGGAGUUUCCCUAACCGUAUCGAGCACACCAUUGCUUGGGCACGCGAAUCGUUCGACACCUUCUUCGUCAAGGGCCCUGAGACUGUCAACCUCUACUUGACACAGCCUGACUACCUCGGUGCCUCAUUGAAGCAGUCUGGAAGUGAGAAGCAAACUCUUGAGACAUUGCGCGAUUUCUUGGUCACGGAGAAGCCUCUGACAUUUGACGAUUGUAUCAUCUGGGCUCGCCAACAAUUCGAGAAGAAUUACAACCAUUCGAUCGAGCAGUUGUUGUACAACUUCCCCAAGGACUCCACAACUGGCUCCGGCCAGCCCUUCUGGUCUGGUCCCAAGCGCGCCCCAGACGCAUUGAAGUUUGAUGCCAACAACCCUACUCACUUCAGUUAUGUCGAGGCCGGUGCCAACCUGCAUGCGUUCAACUACGGAAUCAAUCCUAAGGGAGUCACAAAGGAGCACUACAUCUCCGUCUUGAAUGAUAUGAUCGUUCCUGACUUCAAGCCCGACCCCACUGUCAAGAUACAGGCGAACGACUCCGACCCCGACCCGAACGCCCAGCCAGCCGGAGGCGACGACGGUGAUGAUCUAUCGAAGAUCAUCGAGUCGCUUCCACCACCAAAGAGCCUAGCUGGCUUUAGGUUAGAGCCAGUUGAGUUCGAGAAGGACGAUGACACCAACUUCCACAUCGACUUCAUCACUGCUGCAAGCAACUUGCGUGCAGAGAACUACAAGAUCGAAAACGCCGACCGACACAAGACCAAGUUCAUUGCCGGAAAGAUUAUUCCAGCCAUCGCCACGACGACUGCUCUCGUUACUGGUCUUGUCAAUCUUGAGCUGUACAAGAUCCUCGAUGGAAAGACCGACAUUGAGCAGUACAAGAACGGUUUCAUCAACCUGGCUUUGCCAUUCUUCGGCUUCAGUGAGCCCAUUGCCAGCCCCAAGGGAGAUUACGUUGGUCCCGACGGAUCAAAGGUCGUCAUUGACAAGCUCUGGGACCGUUUCGAGACCGACGAUAUUCCCCUCUCAGACUUCAUUGCAGACUUUGAGAAGCGUGGCCUGAGCAUCACCAUGAUUAGCUCGGGUGUGAGCUUGCUGUAUGCAUCAUUCUACCCCCCAAGCAAACUGAAGGACAGGCUGCCAUUGACAAUGAGCAAACUUGUUGAGACGAUCAGCAAGAAGCCCAUCCCUGAACACCAGAAGAACGUCAUCUUCGAGAUCACCGCCGAGGACUCGACCGAGGAAGACGUUGAGGUUCCGUAUGUGAUGGUCAAGCUCCGCAAGUAA